GUGAAACUUUUUGUUACCACCUUAAAAAGUAAAAGCGGAAGAGAACCAAUAGAAGAGAAAACAAACAACUAACAACUGACAACAUGAACAGAAUUGCUUGAUCCUCCAAUUUUCGAUCAUUGUCUUGUGUUGCCUUCACAGGGUUUUAUGUGAAUCAGCCAGUAUGGGGAACUUGUUUGGCAAAAAACAGAAAUCAUCGCCAUCGCGAGUAACUGAACAAGAUAAGGCUAUUUUGCAACUGAAACAACAGCGGGACAAGUUAAAACAGUACCAGAAGAAAGUACAAGUACAGCUGGACAAAGAUCGAGAAGUUGCAAGGGCACUCCUAAAAGAAGGGAAAAAAGAUAAAGCCAAGUUGAUGCUGAGAAAGAAAAAGUUCCAGGAGAGUUUACUCACAAAGACAGAUGGCCAGCUUGACAAUAUAGAACAACUGGUACAUGAUCUUGAGUUUGCUCAAGUAGAACAAGAAGUCGUUAAAGGUCUUCAAGUGGGCAAUUCAUCAUUGAAAAAGAUGCACGAGCUUCUCUCCCUGGAAGACGUUGAGAGGAUCAUGGAUGAGACACAAGAAGGAAUUGAGAAGCAGCGGGAAAUCGAUGAUCUGCUAUCAGGUGGCUUGUCUGAUGAGGAUGAAACUGAUGUUCUGGCUGAACUUGAUGAAAUUAUAAAGCAGUCGGAGGCUUCAGAGGUCUUGAAUUUACCAGAUGUACCAGAAGACAACAUUGGCGAACCUCGGACAAGAGAAAAAGAACGUCAGAAAGAAGGAAAGCAGGCCGUUUUGGCAUCAUGAUCGUUUUUUUAAUCUACUUCUACACUUAUUUUUCAGUUCUACUUUGUUAUUAUUAUUAUUCAGCUGAUCAUUAAGUGUUUUUUGCUUCAGUGUCAAAUACAGAUGAAAA